UUUUUCCACGAUAUGGAUGAAGUGAUGAUGAUAAAAAGAUCCUCUGAAAUUCUUCCCAUUCUUCUAAACCCAAAAAAAAGUUUCCUCUCAAACGAAUUUUCCCUGAAAUUCAUCCAUAGAAAUUCCCUCAAACGAGUUUCCUCUUCCUUGAAAUGCUUCUCUUCAAUCAUUUUCUCAACUAUUUCCUCACUCAUUUACCCAUAAAACCCACAAAUCUUUACUCUCAUUCUCCCACAAUUUGAAGUCUUUCCCAUGAAUCUUUCCAAGUGCCUCGUCUUGUUCCCCGACCCAUAACAAAACCCAGUUGCCCUUCUUCAGUCAACUGGUUGUUUUUGUUCUUCCUUCAUUAAAUUCCGUUAUGGAUUUUGAUGAUUUAACCCCCAACAAUUGCCGUUUGAUCGGUAACUACAUAUUGGGGGAGAAACUCGGGUCGGGUUCGUUCGCCGUAGUGUGGAAGUCAAGGCAUAGGCACUUGGGUACGGUUGUCGCCGUUAAGGAGAUUCAAAGAAAGCAACUUAGUCCUAAAGUUUGUGACAGUUUGUUCAGAGAGAUUUCUAUUCUCAGCACGAUCAAUCAUCCCAAUAUCAUUCGUCUCUUCGAAGCCAUUCAGACUGAUGAUAGGAUUUAUCUUGUUCUGGAGUAUUGUGAUGGUGGUGACCUCUGGGACUAUAUUAAUCUCCAUGGAAAAGUAUCAGAAGCUGUUGCUAGAAACUUAAUGAGACAAUUGGCUGCUGGCUUGAAAGUUCUUCAAGAGAAACACCUCAUUCAUAGAGAUUUAAAGCCUCAGAACUUGCUGUUGUCUUCUAACGAAGGGACUUCGGUGUUGAAGAUCGGAGAUUUUGGAUUUGCAAGGUCCUUAGCAGAUCAGAUGUUGGCCGAUACACUUUGUGGUUCACCUUUAUAUAUGGCUCCGGAAAUUAUUCAGAACAAAAAAUAUGAUGCCAAGGCUGAUUUAUGGAGUGUUGGAGCAAUUUUGUUUCAGCUAUUGACAGGGAAGCCUCCAUUUAGUGGCAAUCAUCCAUUACAGCUCUUCCAGAAUAUCUUCGAAUCCACUGAGCUAAGAUUUCCUAAAGGUGCCUUGGAAGAGCUACAUCCCGAUUCUUUGAAUCUUUGCAGAAGCCUUUUACGUCAAAAUCCAGUGGAACGGCUUUCAUUCAAGGAGUUCUUCAAUCACAAAUUUUUUCAGGAGCCAAGUAGAUCAAAUAAAGCUGUUGAGACAACACCUGUUGUUCAGUCAUUUGAAUCAGCCAGCUCAGAAGCAGUAAAGGUUAACCCCCACACAGAACAACCUAUUGAAUCAUCGAACAGAGUUUCAGAAAUCACUAGUUCAUCCAUACAUAACACAAUAUACAGAGGGAAAAACAUUUGCAGUUCGGUGAGGGAACAACCUAUUGAGCCAGUGCUCAAUCUUGGAGUAGAUGAGCAAAGAAAAUCUCUUGAUUGUAUUCAACAAUCCCUGAGUAAGAUUGAAGUUUCUGAUUCAAUGGAGUCAAUUGAGAAAGAUUAUGUUCUCGUGAAUGCUCAUUGUCCUUCAAUGGUGACCUCUUCUUAUCACAUUGAAACAUCAUUACAAGGUUGUUCAUCGAGAGUUUCCCAUGCUUUUAGUAUCGAUCAGGAUAUGAUAGCCAAAACCCAGAAAAAGGAACUUAUUGCUAGUACAAGAGAUAUUGGAGAAAGUUCAAGGAGCCAAGGUCAAUUCUCAAUGCCAUGUGCAGAAUCCAUGUUAAGAAAAGUACAAGGACUAUCCAUGUUGCAUCCCUCUACCAGGCUCCAGUUACUUAAUCAGUAUGUUCAGGUUCUCUCAGAUUUGUCACAAGAAAAGUGUAAUGCAGGGAUGUUUUUGGAAUCAUUUUCAGUUGAAUUAGUUGCUUUAGCUUUAUGGAAGGAAGCCGUUGAAAUUAGUGGUGCUUGGCUGAGUUAUGACAAAAGCGAAUCUUCAAAAAGUAGUUUGGGAAUAGAUUCUACCCCUAGUCAGAAAGAUGCUGACUACGCUGCAAAUAAGGAAAAAAAUGUAGAUUUUAAUAGCCCAACAUCUGUUUCUAAGUGGGCACAGCUAGGGUUUAUUGCUGCAGUAGAUCAGACCGAGAAGUUAUCUCAAAAUAUCCAAGAGAUUGAUGGUGCGACUGUGGUACCUGAUGCUAUGGAAAUUAUAUUCCAAAAGGCAAUUGCCGUUGGGAAAAGUGGUGCUGUAGAUCAAUACAUGAAAAACAAGGACAAUGCUGCUGCUUCAUACUCCAAAGCCAUUCUUCUGUUUUCAUUCAUUUUGGGAGAAGCUGAAUCCCUUAACUCUCCAUUUUCGCUAACUUUGUGCAAUAAGCAACGAAUUCAACAUUACAUUCAUUACUUGCAGGCUCAGACUAACUUGUUGUCGUCACAGCCGUAACAAAGGCAACCGCUAGGUACUCCCUCUACAAGUAAAUGAAAGGGAAGGCCUUAACUGGGUAAACUGUACAGCUCUACAUAUUUACUUCUGUGACUCCACCUUCUGCUGGGUUUGGAACUGUUGGCUGAUCUCCUAUCAGCUUUGCUAAUUAUGUCUAUAUAUUUUCUUUUUCUUUAUCUAUUUUGGGGUUGUCUUUGCCCCUCUUUAGGAGGUUAGGUGCUCAAAGAUGAGAGUAAAUAUUUUUACCCAAAAAAAAAAAAAAAUUAUAGAAAAGGGUACAUAGUAGUGGUAAGGGAUUUGAGUUCAGGAGGGCUACUUUAAAUCAUAAGUGAAUUGAACUAUCAUGAACUUUGCUGCUUUUAUUGGGUGGAGUUUUGUGCAUAAAAUUGUUAAAUUUUUCUUUUUUUUUUUUUAAUCUUAAGGAUUGUAAAUAUUGAAUCGAGCUUUGUAAAUAUGAUUACUUCUGCUUAAUGAUU